AAAAGCUUUUUUUUUUCUCUUUCUACAAAAAGUCUUCUUGGUCUUUCCACAAACUCAAGGUUCAUAUUCUAUUCACUUCCUACUUAUCUUUUCUUGAUUGUGAAUUUUAUAUAUCAUCAUCACUUUGAGCCAGUUGUUGCGGAGCAGGGUGUUUUCUUUCUUCCAAUGAACAGAUACAACAACCAAAGCAAUCAGCAACCUUCUUAUAUUGCUGAUCAUUUCAACAGCUUGGAUCAGGUGAUAACUUCUCUGAGAGAAGCUGGACUAGAAUCUUCAAAUUUGAUCUUAGGAAUUGACUUCACCAAGAGCAAUGAGUGGACAGGAAGACAUUCAUUCAACAGAAAAAGCCUUCACGCCGUUGGUAAAAGACAGAAUCCAUAUGAGCAAGCGAUAUCCAUAAUUGGUCGUACAUUGUCUCCAUUUGAUGAAGACGAUCUUAUACCUUGUUUCGGCUUUGGAGAUGUAACAACACGAGAUCAAUAUGUAUUCAACUUUUAUUCCGAGAACAAAAGCUGCGAUGGAUUUGAAAACGCGGUUAAAAGAUACAGAGAGAUUGUUCCACAUUUGAAGUUGUCCGGUCCUACCUCGUUUGCACCGAUAAUUAAUGCAGCCAUCGACAUAGUGGAGCAGAACAAUAUGCAAUACCAUGUUCUUGUCAUUAUAGCAGAUGGUCAGGUCACUAGGAAUCCAGAUUUGCCAUUUGGUCGGUUUAGUCCACAGGAAGAAGCUACUAUGAACUCUAUAGUGGCAGCUAGCCAUUACCCGUUGUCCAUCGUCUUGGUUGGUGUAGGAGAUGGACCCUGGGACACAAUGAAACAGUUUGAUGACAAUAUCCCUCACCGCGAAUUCGAUAACUUCCAGUUUGUGAACUUCACAGAGAUAAUGUCAGAGCACAAAGACGCAGCUAAAAAGGAGGCUGCUUUUGCACUCGCAGCUCUAAUGGAGAUUCCUUUUCAGUACAAGGCUACAUUAAGUCUCGAAAAACAAGUGCGUGCAUCCCGUUUGCACCACAAGCCACUCCCACCACCACUCGAGGUCAUAGAGCGUGACAAUGCUGUUAGAGCAGUGCCAAAUCCAGUAACAGAAACUGCAGAGAAAAGUGAAAGCAAGGCUGCAGUAACACAACCGGUAUGUCCGAUUUGCUUGACGAAACCAAAGGACAUGGCUUUUAGCUGCGGCCACACUACGUGCAAGGAAUGUGGUGUUGUUGUCAAGACAUGCCCAAUGUGCAGACAACCAAUAACAACGAGGAUAAGGCUGUACACUUGACGAUGGGGCCAAAGACCAUAUGGUUUAGGCAGCUAAGCUUCAUGUCCAUACUUUUGUGUACCAUAUUCAAUAGUUCAAGCAGGAUAAUAAUAAAAACCUAAAAUCAUGAGCUGCAAGUAGUUUGUAAUAACUGAAAAUUCUUAGCUUGACAAAACAAUGCGAGAAGAGUUGUCUU